AUUGUGGUUGAGAAGCUCACUAAAAACGUCAACGCAGAACACUUGCGAGAAAUCUUUGGCGCCUAUGGCAGCAUUCAGGAGCUUGACCUUCCAAUCAACCGACAAUUCAUGACGAACCGUGGAACGGCAUACAUUACAUUCAAUUCGACGGGUUCCGCGGACACAGCGAUUGCAAACAUGCAUGAGGCUCAACUAGAUGGAGCAGUGAUAUCGGUUUCCAUC